ACCGGCAGCAGCGGCACCUCCCGCGGCGGCCGCCGCCACCUCCGCGCACCCGGCCGGAGCGCGACGCGCCGGGUGAUCUUGAGUUCUUCUUAACUUGCUAGUGUUCAGCCUCCUCAUGCCUCCAUCUCCUUUAGACGACAGGGUAGUAGUGGCACUUUCGAGGCCAGUGAGACCUCAGGAUCUCAACCUGUGUUUAGACUCUAGCUUCCUUGAAUCUGCCUCUUCUGCUGGUGAGAGCCACUCCAGUCUGCUUGGCGCAGCUGUCGUGUCCCUAAAGACUGCUAAUCUCACGUAUAUGCCCUCAUCCAACGGCUCUGCACGCUCCCUGAGUUGUGGAUGCAGCAGUGCCAGUUGCUGCACUGUGGCAACGUACGACAAGGACGCUCAGGCCCAAACUCAAGCGAGCACCAGCAGCAGCCACGCCGGAGCCUCCCCCGCCUGCCCUGCCAACCAAAUGGUCAACAGCAAUGAGAACGCCGGCAGCCUGAGCCCGCUGGGCGGAGUGGGGAGCCCCGUCUCAGGGAGCGCCAAGCAACUCACCAGCAUCAAAAUCAUCUACCCCAAUGAUCUGGCCAAGAAGAUGACCAAAUGCAGCAAGAGCCACCAACAGAACCAAGGGCCCGUCAUCAUUGACUGCAGGCCCUUCAUGGAGUAUAAUAAGAGCCACAUUCAAGGGGCUGUCCACAUUAACUGCUCUGACAAGAUCAGCCGGAGAAGGCUCCAGCAGGGCAAGAUCACCGUCUUGGACUUGAUCUCCUGCCGGGAAGGCAAGGACUCCUUCAAGAGAAUCUUUUCCAAAGAAAUCGUAGUUUAUGAUGAGAAUACCAAUGAGCCAAGCAGAGUGAUGCCUUCCCAGCCACUCCACAUAGUGCUGGAGUCACUCAAGCGAGAAGGCAAGGAGCCCCUAGUCCUAAAAGGUGGACUCAGCGGUUUCAGGCAGAACCACGAAAACCUCUGCGACAACUCCCUCCAGCUGCAAGAGUGCCCCGAGGGGGGAGGAGGGGGCGGCGCCUCCGCUGUGCCCCCCGUGCUACCUCAGUCCAUCCCCACCACGCCAGACAUCGAGAACGCUGAGCUGACCCCCAUCCUGCCCUUCCUCUUCCUCGGAAACGAGCACGAUGCUCAGGACUUGGAGAAAAUGCAGAGGAUGAACAUCGGCUACGUCAUCAACGUGACCACCCACCUGCCCCUGUACCAUUACGAGAAAGGCAUGUUCAACUACAAGCGGCUCCCGGCCACUGACAGCAACAAGCAGAAUCUCAGGCAGUAUUUUGAAGAGGCUUUUGAGUUCAUUGAGGAAGCUCAUCAGUGUGGAAAAGGUCUCCUCAUCCACUGCCAGGCCGGUGUCUCCCGAUCUGCCACCAUCGUUAUCGCCUACUUAAUGAAGCACACACGCAUGACCAUGACGGAUGCCUAUAAAUUUGUCAAAGGCAAACGACCAAUCAUUUCCCCCAACCUUAACUUUAUGGGGCAGUUACUGGAGUUUGAAGAAGACCUGAACAAUGGAGUCACCCCUCGAAUCCUCACACCAAAGCUGAUCGGCGUCGAGACUGUCGUGUGACAGCCGAGCUGCGAGGGGGCGGAAGCUGUUCUUCACCUGAUUUGGGGCAGCGAUGGGUGGGUUAUGGGGUUUUCUUUUUAGCUUUCAAAGGGGAGUUUUGUGGCAAACUUUUUGUGAAUAAAAACCUUUUUUUGUAAGGAAAGGUUUUUAAAAGAUCCAAGAACUUUGCUGGGUUUGGGAUGCUGUUAUGAUUUCCUUCUCAGACACCGGCAGAGCAGGGAGGCUUCAGAGCAAAAGGAGUACUUUUAAAAAUAAAAACAGGAAGAAGAGGAAGAAGAAAUGUUGGGCUUUACUUCUUUUAAUUUUUAUUUUUCCCUCCUCUCUGGCUACUUGUAGAGUUUAUGGCUAAGUAGUCUGUGCAGGUUCAUAGACUGAAGAAACCUCAGUUGAAGACGAAAUACAAAUAGCCAAAACAAAGCAGAAAAAAUGCUCUCUGAAACAGAAGGGCCUUGGUUCUGCAAAGGCUUUGCUAAAGAUAACCUAGCAAAAGGCUCACCGAUGCAAAGGAAAUCAGAGCAGCUCAAAAGUCUGCGAGGCACUUUUCACACUCCUGACUCAAACUAAAGAAGAAAACAAAGUUUAUUUGGUGUGUUUCAUGUUCCAGUUCUAUUUUUCUAUUUUGGGGUGUAAGGUUUUAACAGUAAGGAACUUCGAUCAUUCUAUGCCAUAUGCCUUCACUGGCUUCUUGUGCAAUAAUAAUUUGGGGUUUGUUUUGAGUGUUCAAACCAACUAAGAGUUGGCUGCCCACUAAUAAUAAGAUAAUAAUUUUUAAAGUCUAAUAGUGCAACAGCAGCCAGCUUGGUUCAGAAAGGAUAAAUGAGAGCAAUUAUUUAGUUCCUUUAUAUGGUUUUGAUCCUGGUUACAGUGCCAUAAACCUUGUUACAUAUGUAUAUCAGAAUGUACAAAAAUCUAGAACAAGCAAAGUUUAUUUAAAAAUAUUUUUCGCACAAAAUAUUGGUGUGUUUCAGUUGUCUAUGUAAAAGAAUUUUGAUUAUAAAACAAAAAAUCUUUUGGAAA